GUGGGAAGUUCCCCAUCACGGUGGCCGAGGCGCCUGAUCCCUGCGACAUCCUUUGGCGCAACUAUCAGGUACAAGGCGGCCUCAAGAUGUCUCGAGUGGUGCUGACGCUGAUUUGCGGCCUGCUCAUGGUCUUCGUGUUGGCGGCCGUGAUCUUCGCGCCGUCGGUGCUCUCCGGCCUGAGCUACAUGGACAUCCCAAGUCCCUCACUGGCGCAGGUGCGAUUAAAGUGGCUGGAGCAGUUGGCCGUGGCCGGCCUCACGUUCCUGGGCAAUCGCCUGCUU